UAGCCGGUGUAAUGCAACGUUCAGUCUUCCUGAAACUGAAAGGAAUGAGUGCAAUUCAAAACCAGUGGAAUUAACUUGCCGCGUCUGAAACCUUCAGGUGCAUCAUGUGGGCACGUGUGGGUCUGAUGGGUUCAGUGGCCCUCGGGUCAACGUUUUGGUUUCAAAAGAAUAAGGCUGAACCCUCUCCAUACGAGCUUAAAUUAAUUCAAGUUUUAUUCCGACAUGGGGCGAGGACGCCGCUGAAAUCUAUACCAGAUGUGUUGGAGGCACAAUGGGUCCCUGAGCUACUUGAAGCGCCCGCUCACACAGAAAUAGACUAUACGGUUACAGACCUGAAGGGGGGACCCAGACCCCCAGCUCCUGUGGAGGACAGCUACAGGGCCAAAAUAUUGACGGGUGGAACUUAUCCAGGUCAGCUGACCACGGUGGGCAUGCAACAGCUGUACGAUCUUGGAGUGAAGUUACGAAAGAAAUACAUACAGGAAGAGCCCUUUCUUACACCUUCUUUCAACCCUAAAGAAGUUUACAUUCGCUCUACCAACAUUGUACGCACCAUUGAGUCUGCUAAGUGUUUGGUGGCAGGACUGUUCCAACAGGAACAAGCAGGUGUUGUGCCCAUCCUCACUGAUAAGGCAGAGAAAGAAGUCCUCUAUCCCAACUAUCAUGGAUGCAAGCUGCUCAAGCUGCAUAUGGGUCAUCGUUGGGCACAAUCAUCCACGCUUCCUGACAUUGCUGCAGACCUCCAGAGCAUCCAGAGCUCCUUGGGUGUUGAUCCUCAUCAACAUAUCGACUUCAUCCUCAUAAGAGAUGACAUGGUGGCCAGAGAGACCCAUGGCCUGCCGCUUCCUACAGCUCUAGAGCACUGGAGGAGUAUCGUAGAGCAGAGAGCUGUAGAUAUGAUCUGUCAUAUCUAUGAGCCCAGUAAGAGGCAGAAUUUACAGAUGUGCGUGGGUCCUCUUUUCCACAUACUUCUAACCAACAUUGAGGACAAAAUUCAAGGGACAACUUCUAAUCCAGACAGAAAGUUGUUCCUGUACUCUGUGCAUGACACCACCCUGAUGCCAUGUCUCAUGGCUUUGGGGGUUUUUGACAUGAAAUGGCCACCGUAUGCAGCUGACAUCACACUGGAGCUGUACCAGCACCGUCAGACUAACCAGCACUAUGUUAAAGUAUCUUACAUUGGCCAGGACCAAAAAAUCCCAGGCUGCAGUGAUGUCUACUGCCCACUGCACGAAUUUAAGGCGGCAAUGGCUGUUCACACUCUACCUGAUGAUUCUUACCAUGCUCUCUGCAACAGUGCAGAUGACCAUCCCAAAGUCUGAACUCUCACUAACUCUCAACUCUGGACUUUGACCCAAAAAAACAAAUGUUUGGUUCUGGGCUGUAGAAUCCUCUGGAGCUCGGGUCUCUUCUACAUGGAUUCAAGUGUUUAUAAUAACAAAAGAGCAGUAUCAGAAGUCUUAUGUUUAAAUUCUGUCAUGUCCGUUCUUUUAAAGGAAAUGGAUCAUGACCGAAUGUAACAAAUGAGAAAAUGUUUAUCUUUCUGCAGUGUACAAGUUGGUAAACAAAUUCAUUCACAGGCUGUCGUAAUAUUUAGCAUACAUUUCACAGCAAAAAUAUUGAUAAUGUGUGUGACUAUUCAAACGGGUGUUUGUGUGUAAUAUCUUCAGUAGGUGCCUUCAUUUCAGUCAUCUGAAACUGCUACAGAUUUUGCUGCAACCUCACAUUCUUUUAACAAUGACAUUUGAUGUUUUAACAUCAAUUUAAGUGCUGUUCAAGGUGAUAUGCAAGUCAAUAGGGUGAAACUUUUCUUACAUACUCACUACUGAUAUGCAUAUUAAAUUGUGAUAUAAUAAAAAAAAACAUGUUCUACAUUUUA